AAUGCAGCGGGCCCGCGGCGGCGGCGGCCCGCCCUGCAGUGGUGACCGAGUGACCGCCCGGCCAGCGCCGCACCGCCGCCAGCCAUGGGGAAGAAAAAGGAGCCGCCGAAGCCGACCGGCGGCCUAGAGCAGAACGGCAUCGAGAAGCGGCUGUGCAACUGCAUCUGCCUGUGCCAGCUGAUGUCCAUCAUCUCGGGCGUGGCGCUGCUCUACCUCAGUGUGAUCGUCGUGUCGCCAGCCAAGCAGACGCUGGAUGCCCAGUUCGUGGAGCCGUCGGUGGUGUGCACCACGCUGCGCGUCGAGGACGGCGACUGCGAGCUGCCCUCCUGCGGCGAGUGGUGCAUGUCCAAGGGCGGUACCAAUUGCCCCAUCGUGUACGCCAAGGUGCGCCAUAAGGGCACCACCGUGCGCUUCAGCCAGUGCAGCGGCAUGCAGAGCCGCUUCUGCUCGGCGCAAAAGUUCAACGAGACGCAGAGCUUCGUCUGCUCCGAGAAGGACAAAAAGGACGAUAAGCGCGGCCAGUGCGACCGGCUGAACCGCAUCAUGGACUGCCGGCCUACCAGGAUGGAGAAGAAGCUGGAGGGCCUGCGCACCAACAUGACCUCUCUGUGCCGCAACAUCACCGCCAUCAAGGAGUGCGUCGGCAAGAACAGCUCCUCGUCGGCCAUCACGCCGCAGGGCAUCAUGGCGUGCUCGCUGUACACGUGCAACGACCUGAACGGCAUCUACGAGUGCAUCAACGGCAACUGCAAAAAGUACGAGGACCCCGUCUGCACCGACCGCUGCACCUCGCUCAAGAUGGGCAACGUCGGCAUCGUGACGCCGAACCUGUUCCGCUGGGGCACCUGUGAGCAGGCCGAGGUGAACGGCACUGUCGUCUGGAACGACGAGGACAAGCCGCUCUCGCUGUACUGCUCGCGGAUGGAAGAGAACGAGUCGGGCACCGAGCUGAUCGGCGAGGACUGUCUGAACGGCACGCUCGACAACCCCGACCACUUCAGCGACAUCACCAACUACACAGAGAUCCUGGCGCUGCUGGACGAGAACGCCGAGCCGCUGGACGUGACGCACACGGCGCUGCCCAGCGAGCGCUCGGUGCUCAUCUCGAACGGCACCAAGGUGAUGAUCAACAUUCAGGGGUGCGUCAACACGCUGCAGAAGGAGUGCACCGCCUGGCUGGACGAAAAGUCCCGCGACGGCAACGACGGCAUGCACCCGGCCGUCUACCCGUGCUACGUGACGCCCGAGUCGACCAGCUACGUGGUGACCGACUACAACCGCAGCAAGACCGUGUUCCAGAUGGUGCUGGCCACCGUGGUGCCCAGCGCACUGCUCAUACUCUCCUGCUGCUGCCUCGUCCUCUGCGGAAAGACGGUCGGCGUCAACGAGUUCGGACUGUUUUUCUGUAAGCCGUGUCACAAGCAAGAGGGCGACGGAGGUAAACAGCCGGCCAAGCAGAGCGCGCCGUGACAAGGAAGCCGCAGCUGGACGCCCUUUGACAGAGCGCGCGGCGACCGUACUGGAGGACCAGUGCGGGGGGCGAGUCGGACUGCCUGCUCAGCGGCCGGGACGCCUAGUCGCCGCCGCCGCCCCCGCUCAGCUGUCGCUCUGCCGAUCUGCCCGACGCCGCCCAGCAGUAGGCCGCCUGCACUCGUUCUCUCUCCGCUUUUACCCUUCCCGCUAAUGUAGUCCGCCUGUCCACUGCUUCCUACCAAGAUGCCUAAGAAGAAGCCGCACCCGCUGUCGCGGCUGCGCUACUACGUCACGCUGCUGGCCAGCGUGGUGGCCAUCGUCUCGUUUUGCGCGCUGCUCUUUCUGGUGCCGUUCGUGUUCGACCCGGCCAUCUCGACGCUGUCGGCCGGCUUUCCGGAGCAGCCGGCCACCUGUCGGCUGGCGGCGCUGCGCAUUGGCGAGCGGCUCUCCUCCUGCAACUGGACGUCGUGCAGCGAGGGCUGCACGGCGCCGCUGGUCACCUGCGUCCAGCUGCUGGUCGACGUGUCGCACGUGCCGUACGAGCAGUUCGACCGCGCGCCGGCCGCCUACGACCAGUCGGUCUGGCAACUCAGCCAGGUGCCGCUCAAAAUCAACAUCCAGAGCUGCGGCUACCCGCCGCGCGUCAACUGCACAGUAUUCUGGCGCCAGCUGCUGGAGGCCGCCGACGGGCCCGGGGGUGCCACCGACGGGCCGGGGAAUGCCGCCCAGCCGCCCACCAAGCUGACUCCUCUGGAGCGGCUGCAGCGCCGGCUGGCCGACGGGCCGUUCCCGGUGCCCUGCUUCCCCAGCCGAGAGAUGCCCGACAUGGUCAUCUUCAGCUACGACUACAGCCGCGAGCUGAUGACGCUGGUGCUGGCGGGUGCGGUGCCGGCCGGCGCCAUACUGCUGACGGUCGGCUUCUUGUGCUACUGCUACUGCGGCUGGUGCCGCCGCUCGUGCCCGCAGCUCCACAUCCCCGGCGAGACGGACCGGCCCAGCAUGGUACCGCCCGAGCUCACGGUCUCCAUGGCGUCCAGCGUGGCAGAGAAGCAGUAGCCUGACUGCGGUCACCAGGACUGAGUCUCACAGCAGCCGGGAGCAGUCGGCCGCCUCCAGUCGCCGAGCCGUCCCUCAUCUGCAGCUUUCAGCCCGUUGCCUGACGUCCCAUCUGGUGCCUUAGUUGGCGCGUCGGCGCUCGUUCUGCCCCCUUUCCUUCUUGGUGGCCAGUCUGAGUGAGCGGCGGCGAUCGGCAGUACAAAGCGACAGUGGUGCCUCCGUCGGCCGCCGCGUGAACGACUCUGCGCGGUUAGUUUAGUUGCGCUGUAGCGCUAGAUUGGUUUCGCCAUGCCAGACUGACCAGGGUCGCUCGCGGAUAGGGUAGGGUCAGGUCUUGGGGUCAGGUCUUGGUCUGCGCCGCAGGAUUGGGGUACAGAGCAGGUGGGGUGCGCACAGCUCGCUACCGGCAGUGACUAUCUCUGUCGCCCUUGCAGUCCACGCCGACCGCAUAGUUUGCCGCGGUUAAGUCUGAGCGGCAGGCAGCUGCUGCCCUGCCGCCGCAGCGCACAGUAUUACGGCGUCUCGCCGCAGUCCGCUCAGCUCGCCGCCCGCCGUCCCAUCGCUGCAAUGGCUAGUCGAGCAGUGCUCAGAGCUGCCCGCUGCAGCGCAGACAGCCUACGCACCGUACUGAUAUUAGCAGCGCUCUCGGAGCGCUGCCACCAGCCGUUCUCAAUCAUCCGGCAAUAUCGCGUGCGCGCCACGUUUUCGACUGUGAUACUAGCGCGUAGUACGCACGGUGCCUCGUUAUCCCGUUUACGCACAGCCCGAGCAUUAUUUCACCCUUCCAACGAUCGCGCUUAGAGGGUCGCUAUGGGAAAACGUGGGUAUACAUCUUUAACAUUUUGCUUACAUAUGUAAGCGUGGUGUGUACUUUUUCAUAUUUUGUCUGAAUGCAAUAAGUCAUUAUCAAUAAACGGAGCGACUAUC